AUGGCAGAGGCCGGCACGGACUGGGCUGAUCGCCCACGCUCCGACCUCGCGUCAUCAUCAGAUGAGGAGGGUUUCGUCUCCAGCCAUAGCACUGCCUCAGUGGAACCGGACGCGAUCGCUCAGCACCAUCUAUCGACCGCAAUCGGCAAUCUACAUUUGCAGCAGGCAGCUUCAAGCCGCAGCUCUGAUGAACAUAACCCCACUCGGACAUCGACGCCUGGCACCGCAGCCUCGAUGGAGAUCCCGUCGGACACGGAAGCAGGUAGAAAACCGAUGCAGCUUCUGGAAUUGCCGUUGGAUGUUCUCAAAGACAUUGUCAAGGAGAUUACGCACACGAAUGACCUCACUUCGCUUGCUUUGACGUGCUCUGCGCUCCAUGCCCUCACAAUCCCGCAUAUGUAUUCACGCUUCGACAUCGUCUGGCCGGAAUCGCUGAAUCCCACCGCCGAGGAUUACUCCGGAGUGGAUGCCUUAUCAUAUGGAUUAUCAACGCUGGUGAUGGGAGAUGAUGUCUUUGAUCGGCCUGCGCCGCCCAGAUACGAUAAACCGGCGUGCGCAUGUUCAAACUGUGGCUGUGACGACUAUAGACAUCAAUCGUCGCAGACGCGUGGAUCCGAAUUUGGGUUUCGACCGCGACGAGGGAACUAUUACGCGCAGUACACUCGCACAUUCUCUAUCGGAAAUGGUCCAUUGAGCUGGGUUCAGGAGUACUCCGUGAACAGAGAGGUGGGCAAGAUGCUGGGUACACUUGUUGCAUUGGCUGUUGCGCGGAUGGUCAACCUCGAGGCAUUUGUCUGGGACAUGCCAACGGGCGUUGUUCGUGAAAUAUGGCUAGCGCUUGCUUCACUUGCCGACCGACCGGGCCAUAGUUGUCGCCUAGAGCGCAUCUGGGUGCGUUGGCACGAUAACUCAGAGAAUGUUCUGCGCAUAUCGAAUGUAACACCCGAAAGCCGCCCACUACAAAGGUACAGGCAUGUGGAACACCCCUCUCUGUCUGUAUUGCCGCCGCUCAAGAGCGUGGCGGUUCUUGACAUAGAUGAGCCGGCCUAUGUGGAAGAGCUGGGUCUUCUCAUUGAACGAUGCCGCCGUCGUCUGGUUGAGCUGCGCAUUGGCAUUUCCAUGAAGGCACAUUUGGCCCCCUGGGUAACUUGUAAAAAAGAGACUGAUACUUUAUGGGAGCCCUUGAUGGGUUGGCCGAAGGCUGGGGGAAUCCUCAGUGUUCUUUCAAAACGUGAAUCCGAGACUCAGACAGACGAGAAUGCCAUAGCUUCCUCGGAUGCUGGCCUAGCACCCUCAGAGUCUUCAGCAUCAAUUUCUCAAGAUCGAUCCAAAAAUAAAACAUCUACUCAAACGACGAGCGUAUUAGCAGAUCAAUCUCAGCCCAAUGGGGUGUCACAUUCUGGAAGACGUUACUCUACACCACGUUUACCAGAUUUCUUCGCUCGGCCAAGUGACGAGCAGUUGAACCUUGAAGUUCUAGAACUGGAGCGUGUCCCUCUCUCCAUACCAACUCUCUUGCCAACACUGGACUGGACUCGUCUAAUUACUCUUACGCUGAUGCGAUGUGAGGAUCACGAGAAUCUGUGGAGAGCACUUCGUCGGAAGUACGCACCGCCAGCACUCCCGCCAAAGCGACCGCAGAACACAAACCAGCGUCGAUCAAGCUACGAUGCACCAAGUGCUCCAGAGUAUUCGCUGAAACUCAAACAUCUGCGGACUGAUACUGUCUCUUCAUAUCUCAUGCUCUUUAUCAAAGAUACUCUGGCGCCAAAUACCCUGGAGAGCGUGUAUUUGAACGAAGGAGCGGGCUAUGAAUCAUCCGUUCAUAUUGAUGCCAUCUACAGACACAUUCUUCGAAAACACCGUCUUAGCCUGCGAAAGGUUUCAAUAGAUGCUUCCGAACGGUUCGGGAUAUCGGAUAAUCGACAUGGGAAUGUUGACGCAAUGAGUCAUCGCUGGCACAAAUGGAUGUUCAAUCACGAAAUGAUCUCAUUCGUGACAAGCGAGCGAAUGCCGCAGCUCAGAGAGCUAGGAAUGGCAAUGCAUUACCGGGACUGGCACUUUUUCCUCCAACGACUCCCCCACAUGCCCCAGCUCCGCGCCCUAUACCUUCUGAACAUAAGCAACAGUCUCCACCGCGACCUAAAAGAACUCGCUCUCCAAGUCCUUGACAUAGUCAGCAUCCGCCCCGAGCUCAAAAUCACAUACAUCGGACUCGAGACAAAAUGCUAUCAAAUUCUUGAAGCUACGUCCACUGGCGACUUCGAAAAUCCCCAAGCAAACGAUACCUCCACAGGGGAUGACGGCUUCCAUUUCGACCCCGCUGCCCUAACCGACGACGAUGACGAUGAACCAGGGCAACAAGACCCUGAACUCAUGUCCAGCGAUCCCUCGGAAGACGACUAUGAUGCAGACCUCGAUGAAAGCAUAUUCUGCGUGAGGUUCACGUUACAGGAGAUUCUAUUUUAUGAUGAUAAGAUAUCCAUCUUCAAGGCACGGCAUGGUGUUAUUUGA